GCCCUCAGCCGCCGCCGCUGUUGCGGUAGCCGGUCGUCUUCGUCGUCCGAGCCCGGAUGCCAUGCCAUAAAAAGAGUGAUCUCUUCUCCUAUUUUCACAAUGGAGGACUCUGGGAAGACUUUCAACUCUGAGGAAGAAGAUGCUAACUAUUGGAAAGAUCUGGCUAUGACCUACAAGCAAAGGGCAGAGAAUACACAAGAAGAGCUCCGAGAAUUCCAGGAGGGAAGCCGAGAAUACGAAGCUGAGUUGGAGACACAGCUACAGCAAAUUGAAACCAGGAACAGGGACCUCCUGUCAGAAAAUAACCGCCUUCGCAUGGAGCUAGAAACAAUCAAGGAGAAGUUUGAGACGCAGCAUUCCGAAGGCUACCGGCAGAUCUCCGCCUUAGAGGAUGACCUAGCCCAGACAAAGGCCAUUAAAGAUCAGCUGCAGAAAUAUAUCCGAGAGCUGGAGCAAGCAAAUGAUGACUUGGAAAGAGCAAAAAGGGCCACAAUUAUGUCUCUGGAAGACUUUGAGCAGCGUUUGAAUCAGGCCAUUGAAAGAAAUGCCUUCCUGGAAAGUGAGCUUGAUGAGAAGGAGAAUCUCCUAGAAUCUGUUCAGAGACUGAAGGAUGAAGCCAGAGAUUUGCGGCAGGAAUUGGCUGUGCAGCAAAAGCAAGAGAAACCCAGAACCCCCAUGCCCAGCUCUGUAGAAGCUGAAAGGACAGACACAGCUGUGCAGGCCACUGGUUCCUUGCCGUCUACCCCCGUGGCUCAUCGGGGACCCAGCUCUAGCUUAACCACACCAGGGACAUUCAGACGUGGUCUCGAUGACUCCAUGGGUGGGACCCCCCUCACGCCUGCCGCCAGGAUAUCUGCCCUCAACAUCGUGGGAGACCUGCUGCGGAAAGUAGGGGCACUGGAGUCCAAACUCGCAUCCUGCCGGAAUUUUGUGUACGAGCAGUCCCCAAACCGAACAAGUGGCACCUCCUCAGGACGGGGGAGCAAGAACAGAGAUGGUGGUGACAGACGGCCAAGCAGCACCGGCAUGCCUCUGGGUGAUAAAGGGAGAGAAAAUUGAGACGCAGUGACACAGCUCCUGACUCUUGAUAUUCACUCUUAUAACUGUGGGCCCGAUGAUAGUCAAUCUGUAACAGCUGUAAUGUCCGCUUAAUUUGGUUUGCUCUGUCUGAAGGUCGGGAAAACGCCUGGAGUUUGGGAAGCCACCUUCAAAUGUGUCCUCACCAUCGCUGCCAUCAGCCCAGGGUGUAGUCAAGAUGUUGCUUUAGAAAAUCCACAGAAGCGAAGCUACUGGUGUCUGUGCAGGAGCUGUUCCCUUUCUUCCCCUCUUCACACUAGGUUUUUGUUUUUUUUAAGUUAGUUUGAGAUAUAUGGGCAAGCAGCCCCACUAGCCAAUGACUGAGGCCAUUGCCUGUGGCCCCUGGUGGUUGACCCUGUGAAAAGUUGUCUCUUCAUCCCCAGCCUCCUUGUGGGUGUGUUGCAGAAGGACAGAGACAGAAUGAACCCUCUGGAAAGGGCUCUGAGGCGUAGGUGCUGAGGCUACCCCGUCAUUAUGAGCUAACCCAAGUCCCGAUUGGCCUUGAGAGGUGUUUUUAAUGUCCAAAUAUGUCUUUCAAGGGGCAUCUGAGCCCUCCUCAGGCUCACCCCAGCCCCAUUUAGGCAGAGCUUUCUUCUAGGACAAAGUCUCCCAACACUGUAUGGCACAGCAAGGAUCCGUGCACUAAAAUCAUGUCUAGAAGCGGAGAGUAGACCAGGCACGUUCUUAUUAAAACUGGUGUAGUGUGCCUCCCACACUUAUUAAUCUGCCUCUCGUUGAAGCUUUUAGAGGUGUACUUGAGUUUCAGAGUACAUUUUAUGUGGACCAGGUUGGUGGAAAAUCUGUCCUCUUGAGAUUUGUCCCGACUGUUAGUUGUCCUGAGCCCCAUCCCUGGCAUGUGGGUGACCUCCUCUUCAGGACCCUCAAGGUCAUUGGGAUGGAGUGGCCUUGGAAACACAUGCUUUAAGAAUUGGGUUUCAUUCAAGGCCGCAAAUGAAAUAAUCAGGGUGACCUUCAAAUAAGAUUAAACCACCAGGAUUGUUGGAAGCUUCCUUGUCAAAGAAGAAACGAACACAGGAUUUUCAUCCUGGACAGCAUAUACUUACCACUGCUUGUUGUGAAUAGCUGUCUCACGCUUUCUGUCACAAGCGAAAAGGACAUGAAUUCAGAAGGAUGUGUAUAGUUUAACGACCUUCCUUUUGUUACUAAGUUAUUUUUCCAAAAGAACAGCAAAAAUAUCCUUGAUUUGAAAAUAGAACUUUUCAAGUGCUACUGAAAUCUACAGAGAAUUAAACUUCAGUGCCUGGUUCAUUAUCCUCGAAACAUUCUAACCUGUAUCAGCAAAAGAUGUACUUUUAUUUUUUUAAAAGAACAAUAAAAU